AUGGCAAAUCAUAGUUACAUUGAGGGAACUUUUCAUGAAUCAGUACAUUUUUCGGUUGAAUUUGACUCUGCCGAAAUUAUUGCUGUUCGAGAUUACAAACCUUUAGAACCUGUGAAUAUUUUCUACGGUUGGCGAAGCAAUCGUGAUUUCCUGCUGCAUAAUGGUUUUGUACCUUCCGAGAAAAACACUCGAGAUAUUUAUAAGUUGAAAAUUGGACUUCCAAAAUCGAAACGUGAAGCUGCACGCAUGCGUUUAUUUCAUGAACUUGGUUUUCUUGCUGAAUCGACAAUUUUCGCUUUCGAAAUAAACAUAUCAAAGCCAUAUUUCCAUGAUUUAUUGUUUCGUUUUGCUCAAAUUUAUGUUUUGGAUGAAGUAUUUUCAACAAAUGAACAAGUGGAAGAAGCACUGAACUCAUCAGAUAAUGUUCGAAAAGCUUGGAAUUUUCUUCAUGAUCGUUUUGCUCUUCUCCUUAGAGCAUAUGAUAGAGUAACCGACCCGAUUAAAGUGGCGCAUUCAGAAUCAUCUGAAUUUAUCAAAUAUAAUGCAGUUCGAAAAUCUAUGGUUGAAAAGUUGAAAUUAUCAGAAAUAGAAAUUUUACAAAAUGUGAAAGAUUUCUGCAAUGAGAAGCUACUAGGAACAGCUUAA